CUUUGGUCCUCACUCUCUCUCUUCAAACCGCGUUUCUUCUUCUUUGAUUCUUCUCCAAAGCCGACCCUGAAAACUGCCUUAAAUCCUUCAUACAAUAAUCAGAAAAAACCCAUCUCCAAACCAAACUCAAAAAUGAACUCAUAAGAGUUCUAUGGCUAUUUUCCUUAGAAACACCUCCUCUUUCCUCUGUCUAACUCUCUAUUUCCUCUCUUCUUUUCCAUUGCUUCACUCCCUUUCCACUGUGGCAAUAUCAGAAACCAAUAACCAAACACUAGUCUGUGCAUUAAUAAAAUCCUCUCACCAACAAUCCCAACUCAACUGUACUAGUUUUCCCCAAGGAAUUCAAAUUCCUGUCAAUUCCUGGAACAGAUCAUUCUCAGGAAUUGUGGGUGGAUACGGAUUCUUCUGUGCACUGAAAUCAUCCUCUUCCUCGUCCACUUCAGUCCUUGGUUGUUGGAGAUUCUCUACCAAUGGUACUAACAUGUUGCGCAAGAGUAUUUAUGACGGCGCGAUUAUCAAAGAACUUGAUGCUGGCAAUUCCCGUAUUUGUGGUCUCAUUAAUGGGACUAAUCAUCUGCACUGCUGGCAAUGGGGAAGAUUCAAUCCCAUCACGAAUCAGACUUUUUCGAGUAUCGCGGUGGGAGAGAAUUUUGUGUGCUGGUUGUCUGAAUUAGGCAACAUCAAAUGCUUUACAAAAAAUGACCAUAUUGUGAGUGGCAAUGAGCCUGGCGGGAACUAUAGUGUCAUUGCGGCCGGUUUUCGACAUGCUUGUGCCAUUUCUACGAAUGGUAGUUUGGAGUGUUGGGGAGAGAUGGUGGGUGCGAAGCCACAAGACAAGUUCACAACAUUGGCAUUGGGAGAGAGUCGGAGCUGUGGCAUAAGACCGAAUGGGACGGUUGUCUGUUGGGGGGAGAACAAUUUCAGCUUGCCACUGACAUUACAAUCCACAUAUUUUUUGGCGAUUGAAGCGAAACGGAAAGUUUUUUGUGGAAUUGCAACAGCGAAUUUUUCAUUGUUUUGUUGGGGGAAUGAGAUUCUUGACGCAAACUCCUUGGUUUUUAAGGAUGUUGUGCCAGGUCCAUGUAGGAGUAGCUGUCCUUGCAGUAGUCCCCUGCCUAAUUAUGGUUACUUUUGCAGCCAGGGACUAAAGAUAUGUGACCGGUGUCCGUGUGGCGGGAGUACACCAGUGGUGGUACCACCACCGCCACUACCAUCGUCGCCACCACCACCUUCGACGACCUCACACCACGGUGGUGGUGAUGGUGGUUGGAGUAAGAAAGACGUGGCUUUACUAGUGGUGGGGUGUUUGGGGGGCUUGUCAUUGGUGGCAGUCUUGUGUUUCUUGUUUUUUCGGUAUUUCAAGAUUAGGGGAUGCCGUGUGCACGAUUCAGGCCGCCUGGACGAUCCCCAAACGCCACCUGACCAACCCGCCCGGACUUCCCAAGCUCAAACCGCGCCACCGGUUCUUGAAAAAAGGCUGAGCCAUUUGGUUAGUUCGGGAAAUGGAGGCAACUUGGAGGAGUUUCCUUUGCCAAUGUUGCUUAAAGCAACUGACAAUUUUUCGGAGGAUCACAAAAUUGGCACGGGAAGCUUUGGCUCAGUCUAUUAUGCCACAUUAGAGGGUGGACGAGAAGUGGCAAUCAAGAGGGCUGAAAUUUCAGCUUCCUCAUCCUAUGCCGGUGGGACCAAACGCCAAGAAGACAAUGACAAUGCAUUCCUAAAUGAGCUGGAGUUUUUGUCUAGGCUCAACCACAAGAACCUAGUGAGGCUAUUGGGGUUCUGUGAGGAUUGCAAUGAAAGGGUGUUGGUCUACGAGUACAUGAACAAUGGCACCCUCCAUGAGCACCUCCACAAGCUCGACAUCUCCCCAUUGAGGUCAUGGGCGGCCCGGAUCAAGGUGGCGCUUGACGCGGCCCGUGGGAUCGAGUACCUCCAUGUGUACGCCGUGCCACCAAUCAUACACCGCGACAUUAAAUCGUCCAACAUAUUGCUUGACGACACGUGGACUGCCAAAGUGUCUGAUUUUGGACUGUCCCUAAUGAGUCCCCCAGACGAGGAGUCACACUUGUCAUUAGGAGCAGCCGGCACGGUUGGUUAUGUAGAUCCUGCAUAUUACAGACUCGAACAAUUGACAACAAAGAGCGAUGUGUAUAGCUUUGGAGUAGUAUUACUCGAGUUGUUAUCCGGGUACAAGGCAAUUCAUAAAAACGAGAACGGGGUACCCAGAAAUGUGGUAGAUUUUGUUGCCCCUUACAUAAUUCAAGAUGAAAUUCAUAGGGUUCUAGACCCAAACGUGCCCCCUCCAACACCAUUUGAGAUAGAGGCUGUGGCGUACGUGGGCUACCUAGCGGUGGAUUGCGUUAUGCCAGAAGCUAGCGAUCGGCCAACCAUGACCGAUAUUGUAAAUAGCUUAGACAGAGCCUUGACCCAGUGUUUAGCACCCCGGUCAUUGUCAAGGUCCUUGACUAGGUCAUCUACGUAAUCUUCAAUCAAUGUAAAACACACGUGCCAAUACAUACUUGUGAAGGAAAAACAAAAAUUAAAAAAAUUUGUGAAUUUAAUUUGA